AAAAGGAAAAAAGAGGCAGCAGAAAUCUCAGCUGUACUUCUAGCCCUUUUAAAAAGUUUGCUCUGUAAAUUGGAAUGAGGUCAGAUUUGGAGCUUCUCAUUGCACGCGGAGAUUAUUAUUGCAUCGGGUUCCAAGCCAAUGGGAAGCUCGGGGGAGGGGCUUGGCACGAGGAAGCGUUGGUUACAGCGGCUGAUUGGCCACGGCCAAGACUGGGAAAGGAUAAAGAGGCGCGAGGCGGAAUUGGGGUCCGCUCUAAGCUGCAGCAAGAGAAACCGUGUGUGAGAGGAAGAGGCCUGUUUCGCUCCGGGUCUCUAGUUCUUGCACGCUCUUUAAGAGUCUGCACUGGAGGAACUCUGCCAUUACCAGCUCCCUUCUUGCAGGAGGGAGGGGGAAACAUACAUUUAUUCAUGCCAGUCUGUUGCAUGAAGGCUUUCUGGCGUCCUACCUUGCAACAAAAUAAUUGCACAAACUCCUUAGUGCCGAUUCCGCCCACAGAGAGUCCUGGAGCCAGAGCCUUUUCUCCUUUGCAUUGUAAGAGAGGGACUAACUGAUAGAGACUAUGUCGCUUUCCUGAGCUUCUGAGAGCGCUCGCGAACUGGAAUCAACUGCUUCAGGGGAAGGAAAAAAAAAAAAAAAGACUUGCCUGGGAGGCGGCGAGAAACUUGCAUUGGAAGCUUCAGCAACCAGCAUUCGAGAAACUCCUCUCCACUUUAGCACCGUCUCCAGGACGCAGAGCCGAGAGACAGCGCAAACUGCGGCGCGGUGAGAGAGAAGAGCGAGAGAGAGGGAGAUUCUCCAGCCUGGGAACUAUAACUCCUCUGCAGGAGGCGGAGUGCUCCCGCCCCGCAUCUUUUUAGAGACUUUUCUCUCUUCGCCCACCUCCGCCCCGACCAGGAGUUGAGCCGCCCGCUCGACCGCCGCGCACGUACCCCCGCUCGGCGUGCGCUUGGUCCCGGGAGCCAGGAGGGCCCGGCGAUCGCGCCGCGGCCGCCGCGAGGGUGUGAGCGCGCGUGGGCGCCCGCCGAGCCGGGGCCAUGGUGCAGCAAACCAACAACGCCGAGAACACGGAAGCGCUGCUCGCCGGCGAGAGCUCGGACUCGGGCGCCGGCCUCGAGCUGGGCAUCGCCUCCUCCCCCACGCCCGGCUCCACCGCCUCCACGGGCGGCAAGGCCGACGACCCGAGCUGGUGCAAGACGCCGAGUGGGCACAUCAAGCGGCCCAUGAACGCCUUUAUGGUGUGGUCGCAGAUCGAGCGGCGCAAGAUCAUGGAGCAGUCACCCGACAUGCACAACGCCGAGAUCUCCAAGCGGCUGGGCAAACGCUGGAAGCUGCUCAAAGACAGCGACAAGAUCCCUUUCAUUCGGGAGGCGGAGCGGCUGCGCCUCAAGCACAUGGCUGACUACCCCGACUACAAAUACCGGCCCAGGAAGAAGGUGAAGUCCGGCAACGCCAACUCGGGCUCCGCGGCCGCCGCCGCCUCCAAGCCCGGGGAGAAGGGCGACAAGGUCGGUGGCAGCGGCCACGGGGGCGGCGGCGGCGGGGGCAGCCACGCGGGGGGAGGAGGCGGCGGCGGCGCGAGCGGCGGCGGCGCCAACUCCAAACCCGCUCAGAAAAAGAGCUGCGGCUCCAAAGUGGCGGGCGGCGGGGUCGGCAAGCCCCACGCCAAGCUCAUCCUGGCGGGCGGCGGCGGGAAGGCGGCGGCGGUGGCCGCCGCCUCCUCCUCCUCCUCCUCCUCGUCGUCGUCCUCCUUCGCCGCCGAGCAGGCGGGGGCCGCCGCCCUGUUGCCCAUGGGCGCCGCCGCCGCGGCCGCCGACUACCACUCGCUCUACAAGGCGCGGACUCCUAGCGCCUCGGCCUCGGCCUCCGCGGCGGCCUCGGCCUCGGCCGGCCUGGCGGCCCCGGGCAAACACCUGGCGGAGAAGAAGGUGAAGCGCGUCUACCUGUUCGGCGGCCUGGGCGCGUCGUCCUCGCCCGUCGGCGGCGUGGGCGCGGGCGCCGACCCCAGCGACCCCCUGGGCCUGUACGAGGAAGGGGGCGCCGGUUGCUCGCCCGACGGGCCGAGCCUGAGCGGCCGCAGCAGCGCCGCCUCGUCGCCGGCCGCCGGCCGCUCGCCCGCCGACCACCGUAGCUACGCCAGCCUGCGCGCCGCCUCGCCCGCCCCGUCCAGCGCGCCCUCGCACGCGUCCUCGUCGGCCUCAUCCUCCUCCUCGUCGUCGUCGUCCUCAUCCUCGUCCUCGUCCUCGGGCUCGUCGUCCUCCGACGACGAGUUCGAAGACGACCUGCUCGACCUGAACCCCAGCUCAAACUUUGAGAGCAUGUCCCUGGGCAGCUUCAGCUCGUCGUCGGCGCUGGACCGGGAUCUGGAUUUUAACUUCGAACCCGGCUCCGGCUCGCACUUCGAGUUCCCGGACUACUGCACGCCCGAGAAGACCGAAGGCUCCGGGGCGUCGAAUUUGACCGACUGCAGGUAUUGCGGGGAGAGGGGAGUCGCAAGGGCCUCAGCACCGGGACUGAGAGACUCCACGCUGGCGAAUUCCCGUUUUGUUUUUGGAGGGCUUUUUUUUCCUCCCCCUCCCCCGCCUUUCCCCCCCCCUCUUUUUUUUUCUUUUCUUUUCUUUUUUUUUUCUCUGCCCCUGCAGCCAGAGGAGGAGACGUUGAGUGACCGGCGCUCGGAAAUGACCCGAGAACCUAGUUGGAAAGCCACACCAGCCAGGACGAGGGGCGGGGAGGAGAAGGCCACGAACUGGAAGGGGGGCGAGUAAUAAAACUGAAAUGGAUUUGCACGUUCGGGAGAAGGUGGCGGCGUCUCCUGGGCCUCCGCCUCCUGCAUCUCUGAAACCAGUGAGGUGAGACUUCACGGCCCUGCAGGCGCGGAGGAGAGGAGACUGUUUGAUGUGGUACCCGGGGCAGUGGAGGGCGAGUGGUGUCGGGGGGGGAAAAAAAGGUUUUUUGCUUCUCUUAAUCGGAAUCGUGAUGGUGUUGGAUUAUUUCACUGGUGGGGUUAAUAUAGCAUGUUAUCCUGUCUAUCUUUUAAAGAUUUCUGUAUUAAGACUGUUGAGCAGUUUUUAAAAUAGUGUAGGAUAAUAUAAAAAGCAGAUAGAUGGCGCUAUGUUUGAUUCCUACGACAGAAAUUAUCACCAGCUUUUUUUCAUUCUUAACUCUUUAAAGGAUUCAAACGCAACUCAAAUCUGUGCUGGACUUUAAGAAAAACCAAUUCAGGACCAAAUUUUUUCUCAGUGUGUAUGUGUUUAUUCCUUAUAGGUGUAAAUGAGAAGUGUUUUUUCCCUCACCGAUGCUCCAUCCUCGUAUUUUUUUUUUCCUUGUAAAUGUAAUCAGAUGCCAUUUUAUAUGUGGACGUAUUUAUACUGGCCAAACGUUUUUUUUCUUAUUUUGUCCCUUUUUUUUUUUUUUUUUUUGCUUUCUUUUGCUUUGCUUUCUUUCUAUUUACUUCCUUAUUUCUUUCUUCCUGACUUUUUUUCUUUCGUUUCUUUUUUCUUUUUUUUUUUGGUAGUUGUUGUUACCCACGCCAUUUUACGUCUCCUUCACUGAAGGGCUAGAGUUUUAACUUUUAAUUUUUUAUAUUUAAAUGUAGACUUUUGACACUUUUAAAAAACAAAAAAAGACAAGAGAGAUGAAAACGUUUGAUUAUUUUCUCAGUGUAUUUUUGUAAAAAAUAUAUAAAGGGGGUGUUAAUCGGUGUAAAUCGCUGUUUGGAUUUCCUGAUUUUAUAAUAAGGCGGCUGGUUAAUAUCUCACACAGUUUUUGAAAAUCAGCCCCUAAUUUCUCCAUGUUUACACUUCAAUCUGCAGGCUUCUUAAAGUGACAGUAUCCCUUAACCUGCCACCAGUGUCCAUCGUUCGACCUCAGCCCUAUAAAAAGGGGAGGAGAAUUAGCCAAACACUGUAUGCUUUUAAGAAAAACGAGUUUUUUAAACAAAAUACUGUUUUAUGUAGAGGCUUUAAAACUGGUGCAUUUACAGCAAAAAGGGAUCCUGUAGCUUUAACUUGUAAACCACAUCUUUUUUGCACUUUUUUUAUAAACAAAAACGUGCCGUUUAAACCACUGGAUCUAUCUAAAUGCCGAUUUGAGUUCGCGACACUAUGUACUGCGUUUUUCAUUCUUGUAUUUGACUAUUUAAUCCUUUCUACUUGUCGCUAAAUAUAAUUGUUUUAGUCUUAUGGCAUGAUGAUAGCAUAUGUGUUCAGGUUUAUAGCUGUUGUGUUUAAAGAUUGAAAAAAGUGGAAAACAUCUUUGUACAUUUAAGUCUGUAUUAUAAUAAAGCAAAAAGAUUGUGUGUAUGUAUGUUUAAUAUAACAUGACAGGCACUAGGACGUCUGCCUUUUAAGGCAGUUCCGUUAAGGGUUUUUGUUUUUAAACUUUUUUUUGCCAUCCAUCCUGUGCAAUAUGCCGUGUAGAAUAUUUGUCUGAAAAUUCAAGGCCACAAAAAAACAAUGUUUGGGGGAAAAAAGAAAAAGAAAAAAAUCAUGCCAGCUAAUCAUGUCAAGUUCACUGCCUGUCAGAUUGUUGAUAUAUACCUUCUGUAAAUAACUUUUUUUGAGAAGGAAAUAAAAUCAGCUGGAACUGAACCCUAAA